UCAGCUUUUAGGGGCCAAGUCGUACUAUUAAGUCGAUCCUUUCCUUCGUUGAGCGUCCUUCCCCUUCCAGACCGGAGUACAAAGCACAUACGGCACCUAUUAGCCUAAACGAGACACUGGCAGAUGCAUAUAUGGUCUAUACCGACAUCCCGGAGCUUCAGGAAGCCAUCGAGUAUUAAUACCCUCUCCUCUUUUUCCUCGAUUUUGCUUCUAUUAUCAUACUCGCUCUAUCAACCUUCCUACCAUCGAUUCCAGACUACACACCCAUCACUCUCCAUCCUAUCCCCACUCCGCCAAACCAAACCCAGAAACAUGCAUCUCCCAACCAUCCUCCUCCGUGCCAUAACCCUCCUUUUCACCACCACUACUACCCUGGCCGUCCCCAUCGAAGCCGGACAAACCUGUAUCGGCGCAGGUAGGCCACACCACAUCCACGUAUCCAGCGCUCCACUGCUGACGAGGAAACGCAGGCCCAACUAUCUGGGAAGACGGCAAGUGCUACCAGUGUAUCGUCUCUAACCUACCUUGCUUGGGGUGUAUAAGGUUUCCGGUUAAGAGUGGCCCGGUGGAUCCGAGUAUCUGUGGGCAUUAGGGAGAUGUCGGCAAGUAAGUUAUCUCCAGCAUUCCUACCUAGUCUGGAUAUGUACACUA